GGCGUGGCGGGAGAGCAGAGUCAGAGUGGGGACUGACCCCGCAGGUGUUUGGCCGCGGCAGGAAGAUGGCGGAGCUGCGCGCGCUCGUGGGUGUUAAGAGGGUCAUCGACUACGCCGUGAAGAUCCGAGUGAAGCCCGACAGGUUGGGUGUGGUCACAGAUGGCGUGAAACACUCCAUGAACCCCUUCUGUGAGAUCGCCGUGGAGGAGGCUGUGCGGCUCAAGGAGAAGAAGCUAGUGAAAGAAGUCAUUGCUGUCAGCUGUGGUCCUGUGCAGUGCCAGGAGACCAUCCGCACUGCUCUAGCCAUGGGCGCAGACCGAGGCAUUCAUGUAGAGGUGCCAGCUGCAGAGGUGGAUUGUUUGGGUCCCCUGCAGGUAGCCCGAGUCCUGGCCAAGCUGGCAGAGAAGGAGAAUGUGGACCUGGUGCUGCUGGGCAAGCAGGCCAUUGAUGAUGACUGUAACCAGACGGGGCAGAUGACAGCUGGAUUUCUGGACUGGCCACAGGGCACAUUUGCCUCCCAGGUGACACUGGAGGGGGACAAGGUGAAAGUGGAGCGGGAGAUUGAUGGGGGCCUGGAGACCGUGCAUCUAAAGCUGCCAGCCGUGGUGACUGCUGAUCUGAGGCUCAACGAGCCUCGCUACGCCACAUUGCCCAACAUCAUGAAAGCCAAGAAGAAGAAGAUCGAGGUGAUCAAAGCUGGGGACCUGGGCGUGGACCUGACCUCCAAGAUCUCUGUGCUCAGCGUGGAGGACCCACCCCAGCGCAUGGCUGGUGUCAAGGUAGAGACCACUGAGGACCUGUUGGCUAAGCUGAAGGAGAUUGGGCGAAUUUGAGCCCCUCCCUGAAAUUUGACAAUAAAACUGUGACUCUCCCAA